ACCUGCCCAGUUGGUUGCGGUGAACGACGCGAGUUGCUACUCAGAUAAAUAAAAAAAAAAAACAUAUACAAACUCUCACAAGACGCGCGAAUUUUGUUGUAAUUUAUGCAUGUGCUAUUAAAAACAAUAACAAAUACGCCGUUGUAAAACGAAAAACAAGAACAAAAAACAAUCAUAAUAAUAAUUAAAAGGCAAAAACAAGAACAAGCACAUUAACAAACGCAACAAAAGCGUUUGCCAUAAACUAUAAGGGCUUUGGUAUUUGGUGUAAGUCUGAAUGGAGUGGACCUGGUUCAAGGAUUGGUGGCGCCUCAAAAAGCUGCGUUCCCGUCAUCAGCGCCACAAAAAGAAACUGGAAGCAGCGGCUGCCGCUGCUGCGGCUGCUGUCAGUGUGCCGCUUGCCACAGACCUGAAGCUGGUUGCAGAAGCUGACCAUGUGGCGACACCGGCGCUGGCCACUAGGGAGCGCAGACAUAGCCUGGACAUGCGGCCGGGCCGCAGACGCAAACGCAAUCGUGUGCGGCAGCGACGCACCAGAAGCGCCGGUGCUCCAGUGCAAGCGCUGCGGUUGCGGCUGCAGCUGCCUGGCCACGGGGAGGAGGAGGACGAUGGCGAAUACGGGCCAUUCAACGUUGGCGACUACUUGGACUAUAACUGCUCGAAUGCCAGCGACAACGACGAUGACAGCGACGAUUUCUGCUACUGCGACGAGUGCCUAAACGGCGAUACGGAUUUCGGGGACAGCAAUGACGGCAUGGACUCCGAUACUAGCACCUCGUCCAGCAACAGCAAACAAGUCGUUGUGGGCAUCUGUGCCAUGGCCAAGAAGACACAGUCGAAGCCAAUGAAGGAGAUACUGACACGCCUGGGCGAGUUUGAGUUCAUCAAGCUGGUUACCUUUGAGGAGAAUGUUAUAUUGCGCGAACCGGUACAAAAUUGGCCCAUAUGCGAUUGCCUAGUCUCCUUUCACUCGAAGGGCUUUCCGCUAGAAAAGGCCAUUGAGUAUGCUCAGUUGCGCAAUCCGUUUGUGCUCAACAAUUUGCACAUGCAGUACGACAUACAGGACAGACGACGUGUCUAUGCCAUACUGGAGAAGGAGGGCAUCGAGAUACCGCGCUAUGCUGUGCUCGAUCGCGAUUCGCCCGAUCCCAAACAUCAUGAGCUAAUUGAGUCGGAGGAUCACGUGGAGGUCAAUGGUAUUACCUUCAACAAACCGUUUGUUGAGAAACCCGUCUCGGCCGAGGAUCACAACAUCUAUAUCUACUAUCCAACAUCCGCUGGCGGUGGCAGUCAGCGUUUAUUUCGAAAAAUCGGUAGCCGCAGCAGUGUCUACUCGCCGGAGUCGCGGGUACGCAAAACAGGCUCCUUCAUCUACGAGGACUUUAUGCCCACCGAUGUGUACUUUUCAGGUACCGACGUCAAGGUGUAUACCGUGGGACCGGACUAUGCCCAUGCGGAGGCGCGCAAGAGCCCGGCGCUCGAUGGCAAAGUGGAGCGCGAUAGCGAGGGCAAGGAGAUACGCUAUCCGGUCAUACUCAAUCACUCGGAGAAGCUCAUCUCACGUAAGGUGUGCCUGGCCUUCAAGCAGACCGUCUGCGGCUUUGAUCUGUUGCGCGCCAAUGGCAAAAGCUACGUAUGCGAUGUCAAUGGAUUUAGUUUUGUGAAGAAUUCAAAUAAAUACUACGAUGAUUGCGCCAAAAUACUGGGCAACAUGAUACUGCGCGAACUGACACCGACCCUGCACAUACCCUGGUCGGUGCCAUUCCAAUUGGACGAUCCGCCCAUUGUGCCCACCACCUUUGGCAAGAUGAUGGAGCUGCGCUGCGUGGUGGCUGUCAUCCGGCAUGGCGAUCGGACGCCCAAACAGAAAAUGAAGGUCGAGGUUCGACAUCCCAAAUUCUUCGAGAUCUUUGAGAAAUAUGAUGGCUACAAGCUAGGCCAUGUGAAGCUAAAACGACCAAAGCAACUGCAGGAGAUACUGGAUAUAGCACGAUUUUUGCUCAGCGAGAUACACACCAAGGCGCAUGCCGAGAUUGAGGAGAAGGAGAGCAAGCUGGAGCAGCUGAAGAAUGUGCUCGAAAUGUAUGGCCACUUCUCGGGCAUCAAUCGCAAGGUGCAGAUGAAAUACCAACCCAGGGGUCGACCACGUGGUUCCAGCUCUGAUGAUGUCCUAACCAUUUCAGCCGAAACGCCCGCCGAACCCUCGCUGGUCCUGAUACUUAAAUGGGGCGGCGAACUAACACCAGCGGGUCGCAUCCAGGCCGAGGAGCUGGGUCGCAUUUUCCGCUGCAUGUACCCCGGCGGCCAGGGACGCUCGGACUAUUCGGGCACACAGGGUUUGGGUCUAUUGCGUUUGCACUCAACCUUCCGACAUGACCUCAAGAUUUAUGCCUCGGACGAAGGACGCGUUCAAAUGACCGCCGCUGCCUUUGCCAAGGGUCUACUGGCCCUCGAAGGCGAGCUGACACCCAUUCUGGUUCAAAUGGUCAAGAGCGCCAAUACAAACGGGCUGCUGGACAACGAUUGCGAUUCAAGCAAGUACCAGAACCUCGCCAAGGGUCGACUGCACGAGCUGAUGCAAAAUGAUCGCGAGUUUACACAGGAAGAUCGCGAGCUGAUCAAUCCGUGCAACAGCAAAUCGAUAACACAAGCUUUGGACUUUGUUAAGAAUCCGGUGGACUGUUGUCAUCAUGUGCAUUUGCUAAUACGGGAACUGCUGCACAUAAUCAGCAUCAAGAAGGACGAUCCAAAGACAAAGGACGCGAUACUCUAUCACGGCGAGACAUGGGAUCUAAUGCGCUGUCGCUGGGAGAAAAUCGAAAAGGACUUUAGCACCAAAUCGAAACUGUUUGAUAUAUCAAAAAUUCCAGACAUUUACGAUUGCAUCAAAUACGAUUUGCAGCAUAAUCAGCAUACGCUGCAGUACGACCAGGCCGAGGAGCUUUAUAUCUACGCAAAGAAUCUGGCCGAUAUAGUCAUACCACAGGAAUACGGACUGACACCGCAGGAGAAACUGGCCAUUGGCCAGGGUAUUUGCUCGCCGCUGCUUCGCAAAAUCAAGGGCGAUUUGCAGCGCAACAUUGACGAGAUCGAGGAUGAGUUUAUGAAUCGACUGAAUCCUCACUACAGUCACGGCGUGGCCAGUCCGCAGCGUCAUGUUCGCACUCGCCUCUACUUCACCAGCGAGUCGCAUGUGCACUCGCUGCUGACGGUUCUGCGUUACGGCGGAUUGCUAAAUGUUGUCACGGACGAGCAGUGGCGUCGCGCCAUGGACUAUAUUUCGAUGGUAUCGGAACUAAACUACAUGUCCCAGAUCGUCAUAAUGCUGUAUGAAGAUCCGACCAAGGAUCCCACCUCUGAGGAGCGUUUCCAUGUCGAGCUCCAUUUCAGUCCCGGCGUCAACUGUUGCGUACAAAAGAAUUUGCCACCUGGUCCCGGUUUUCGUCCGCACUCGCACGGCGAUAACUCCUGCAGCGUGAGCUUGCAGUCUAACGAGGAGGCAAAUCCAUCACGCAUCGAGGAGGAGAACGAUACCAUUUCAGGCGAUGAGCAGCAGGGCAAGAAGCGUAGCUGCCCCUUACGGAAUUCAUCGAACAAUUCAUUCGGUUUUAAUCGCCUGGAUCUGCGCUCCAAGCAGGCCAAGUCGAAGCCAAUUCCAAUUGGAGCCCAUCACACGGUCAGCGGUCACGAGGCCAUGGAUCUGGCCAAGCGUCUCAACGAGGAGCUCGCUUCGCAGCACCAACAGCAGCUGCAUCAGAGCCAACAGCAGCACCAGCAACAGCAGCAGCAACAGCUACGACCCAUUAGUCCCGAUAUACGAGCCGUGAGUCCAGACUGUGAGCCGCGCUCGCGCAGCUUUGAGCAGCGUGGAUCGCCGUCGGCCAAUCGCGGCAAGGAGGCGGAUAGCAACGUUUCGGUCUCGGUAUCGGCCUCGGUAUCAUCGGCCAAUUCGUCCACAUCGUCGCGUCGCCAAAGACACAGUAUUGCCGGCCAGAUGUCCUAUAUGAAAAUGUUGGGUUUCGGUGGUUUUAGCAAAAAGAUGGCCACCAGCGCGAAUAGCCUUUUCAGUACGGCAGUUAUAAGCGGCAGCUCAUCGGCGCCGAAUCUACGCGAUAUGAUACCGGUAUCAUCAUCCGGCUUUGGGGAUGUGCCGCCGAUCCGACCCCUGGAGACACUGCAUAAUGCGCUAUCGCUGCGCAAGCUGGACAGCUUUCUGCAGGAUAUGAUCUUAGCCCAGAUCUUUAAGACGCCGACUGGUUCGCCGCCACGCGUCCUUGAGGGAACUGUUGUUAGUAACUCAGCAUCGAUAUUGGCGACUGGAGUAGGUCAGCCUGUUUCGGUAUCUAUCCCAUCGGAUUCGAUGGCCGCCUUCUCCUCGAUGAUAGACCAAAAGGAUUCUGACUUGUCCACACAGAAAUUGGUCAGGGGUACGAUCGCUCCAUUUACCGACAAAUGCGAUCGCUCUGUUAUCAUCAGCGAGUCCGAUUCGACUAUGGAACCGCAUCAGCCAAAUUCGCCAGCAAGGAGCGAGGAGCAGGUGCAGUCGUCGGAAUUCGAGGAUGCCAACGAUGCGGCAAUGAAAAACAUUUUAACCGCACAAAAACAGCUUUGGCCGCAAAAGCCACAGGACAUUCUAUCAAAGGACCAGGAAGAGCAAGAGCAUAACGAUGAAAAUCAGAAACUGGAUUGUCUUUUGAGCACUGUCGACAUUCUGCUGGAUGAACCAGAGGAACUGCCCGAAUUUGGGGUCAUCAACGAGGACACACUGCAGCGGGAUGACGGCACCGGCCCCAUCUAUUUGAGCAUCUGCGAUGAAGCAGAAUCCAGCAGCUGCUGCUUAACCCCGGUCAGCCUUGGCGUUGAUGACCAGGAUCUCAGCAUGGUGGUCAACAAGGGUUCCAUGACGCUUUCCGUCGAUGGCUUUGAUUAUGACGACGAGGAUGGUACAAUGUCUGCAGUGACAACACCUUCGCUACUUGCCGACACGGAACCUAUAUUGGAAUCAUGCUACUGCUGUCCGACACAUGCCACUGCACCACCGGAGGUUGACACUGAUGAUCCAAAGUAUUGCUUUGCGCUCCCGGUGCACGUAACACAAGCGUCGCCGGAGCAUGCACGUCCAAGCGUGCGCCGUGCUCACGAUCCAAUCUCGCCGCGCAUGCAGCAGCAUAUCAGUUUGUUUGAGUGCGCCGGCACCAGUCCGGAGGCGAAUGCGCUGCAUGCGUCCAUCAAUUUGCCGGCGGCGGCUCAACAGUUGCGCCAGGACGCGCGUCUGCGUAAGUUUGAGAAUCUGACGCAGUCCACUUCGAAUUCGAAUUUCCCAUUUGAGAGUAAUACACUGAAGCGGGUGCCACUAGUCAGCACCAAGGAUGACUAUGCAAAUGUUUCGCAUACGCAGAGCUGCAUUAAUUUAAAGAGUAGCGGUGCCGGCUCUGGCUCUGGCUCCCUCAUCUAUGGAUCGCCGCAGCAUCACCGCGAGCGUUCACGCGAAAAGGAGCGACAGCAUACGAUUGCAGCCGGCUGCAGCUCCGGCCCGGCCAACUUUAAUCGGCUGCCCAAUGCAUUGUCCGAAUGCUGCUCACUGGACCUGGAUGCUGGCUGCAGCACAUCAUCACCAACUGCCUCGGUGCCGCAUCCGGGUGCGCUAAUUGUCAAGGAGAGCUUCAUCGAGCCACCGAAGCGCGGAAUAGUGCGCGGCUAUCAGGACAAGACGCAGUCCAUGGACUCUGAUUUUCUCUGUAACGAGUUUCUGCUAAUUCCGGCGCUCGCACCGUCACUGGAUGUGGCACAGCCCAAGGAGCGCUCGUCGGAGCCGGAGCCGGAGCCGGAGCUACAGAAGCCCAAGUGAAUUCAUACGUUUCACGUC